AUGUUAAUUAAAGAGUUUCGUGUUAUUUUACCAUUAACCGUCGAAGAAUAUCGUGUUGGUCAAUUAUAUUCAGUUGCUAAAACCAGUUCACAAGAAACCUCUAAUGGUGAAGGUGUUGAAGUUUUAGUUAAUGAACCAUACAAAGAACCAGAACAUGAAGGUCAAUAUACACAUAAAAUAUAUCAUCUUGGUGCUCGUCUCCCAGGUUGGAUUAGAGCUAUCAUUCCUUCAAGCGCCUUAAAAUUAGAAGAAAAAGCAUGGAAUGCUUAUCCAUACUGUAAAACCGUUUUAAAAAGUCCAUUCUUGGGUGAUAAUUUUACUUUUAUUAUUGAAUCUCGUCAUGCUCAAGAUAAUGCCGCUACUGAAAAUAUUCACAACCUUUCAGAAAAAGAUUUAAAGAAAAGAGAAAUUACAGUUAUUGAUAUUUCUAAAAAAGUUGAAAAAGAUUAUAAACCAGAAGAAGAUCCAACCCUUGUUAGAUCAGAAAAAGCUAACCGUGGUCCAUUAGAAGAGGAAAAAUGGAGAGAAAGCACCGAAAUGCCAAUUAUGACCUGUUACAAAUUAGUUACUGUCGAAUUCAAAUGGUUUGGUCUUCAAACUAGAGUUGAAAACUUUAUGAUGAAAAUCGAAUUUGAUCUUUUCACUAAAUUCCACAGACAAGUUUACUGUUGGUUAGACGAAUGGUUUGGUAUGUCAAUGGACGAUGUUAGAGCCUUUGAAGCCAAAACCAAAGAAGAUCUCAAAAAGAAAUUAGAAUCAAAAGACGGUGAAGCCAAGGCUCCAGUCUCUGAAUAA